AACUCAAAAGACAAAAGCAGCCCUAAAAUAAUACGAGUACUCCGUAAAACAUAGCCGGUGAGCCAGGAUCUGUUCUAAAAUGAAGCUUCUUUUCUGAAAAGAAAAGCCUUAUCACCUGCAACAGUCAAGGCGUCCGAUUCUGGCCAUAGCAGAGAGAGAGGCUUUUAAGCUCAAGGCGAUUUUCUGCUGUUCUUCUUUGAGGCGCGCGGCGUACGCUCGACCGUCUUUUUAAACCAUGAAUUCCUUGCAAGAUGGUGAUGUUAUUUUGGAGGAUACACGGGCUAAAUUUUCACAUGUUCUUAAAAGGCAUGGAGACCUGGCAGAGCGACUCUCUAGGGACUCUGACAAGACAAUUUUUGAGCGCUUGCAUAGAGAAUUUGAAGCUGCUCGUGCUUCUCAAACUCAAGAAAUUAGCUUGGAUGGUGAGCAAUGGAAUGAUGGUUUAUUAGCUACAUUAAGGGAACAGGUUCACAUUGAGGCAGACAUUAAGGCCAUGCAACUUUCAGGGGAAAAAGCCCAGUCUCCGAUUCCAUGUCAAGAAAAAGUUACAUAUAAAGCUGGUAAUAAGGUGAUCUGUUGUUUAGAAGGAGCAAGAAUCGGUAUACAGUAUGAGACAUCUUUUGCUGGAGAAACUUGUGAGCUUUACCACUGCGUGCUUGAGAGUAAAUCAUUUCUGGAGAAGAUGACAGUUCUUGAACAUACUGUCCCUUUUUUCCUUCCUAUACGUGAAGCUGAAAAUGAGCUUCUCUCUUCUAAUGCAAUGAAAUUCAUAGACCAUGUGGGAGAUCUGUUGCAGGCCUAUGUAGAUAGACGAGAACAGGUGCGGCUUAUUAAAGAGUUGUAUGGAAAUCAGAUUGUACAAUUGUAUCAUAGUCUUCCUUAUCAUAUGAUUGAAUUCAUGCUGAACGAUUUUGAUUGCAGGAUAACCGUGUGCCUGAGGUACUCUGAUCUUUUGUCCACGCUUCCAAGUGGGAUUAGUGUUUUGGCAUGGCCAAACAAAUCUUCAACCAGGAAAGGACACAUGUCAGCUCCAGAGCGUCUCUCCUAUGCAGAGGACGCCCUACGAACCAUGAGUCUCCCGGAAGCAUUUGCAGAGAUUGUUCUGAACCUUCCAGCAGCUCUGGGAGAUGGGCUUCUAUCCGAGAGCCCGGCUUAGUUUCAGCAUGGAUCAAGAACCGCCAUGGUCAUCAUCAGUAUAGCAGGACUAACAACAAUGGCUUGGACAGUGUUGCGUUUACAAAAAAGCCAAUAGUAGUGUAGAUAAGUUAUUUCGUUAAACCCCCUCACCAUUUUUAUUUGUUUUCCUUUUGUUGAACCAUGAAUUUCAGACCUCUUUUUAUGUAGAGAAUUCCAUGUAACUUCAUUCAUUAUUGUUGUACAAAAUACUUGGUAGAUAAUGUAAAUUUGUUCGGAUGUGAUGUGCAGUUGUGGGUU